CAUAAAACCCCUAAAAACCCUGCCUUCCUCUCACUCAUUCGCAACUAGGGUUUCUUCAGAAAAAAUGGCUACUCACCUCUUUACUCGCUCUCUACUCUACCGGCCGACCUCCACCAACAAAACCCUAAUCCUUUCUCUUCUCUCUCGUUCCCUCUCCUCCCUCCCCGCGGCCUCUCCUGUCUCUCGCUCUUUCUCUCUCCUCCGUUGUCUCCGCCCCCUCUCUGCUGCUGCCAGCUUCGGCUCCUCUAAUCUUCCUCCUGCUCUCACCUCCCGUUCCUUCGCCACCCGGACUACGACAUCAUCGCUUAAUGAUCCGAGUCCUAAUUGGUCUAAUAGGCCUCCCAAAGAGACCAUCUUGUUGGAUGGAUGCGAUUUUGAACACUGGCUUGUGGUUAUGGAGAAACCAGAUGACAAUCUUACUAGGGAUGAAAUCAUUGAUGGUUAUAUCAAAACCCUAGCCAUGGUUGUGGGCAGUGAGGAAGAAGCAAGGAAGAAGAUCUACUCAGUUUCAACUAGAUGCUACUUUGCUUUUGGAGCUCUAGUGUCUGAAGAGCUUUCUCUAAAGAUUAAAGAGUUGCCCAAGGUUCGUUGGGUUCUACCCGAUUCAUACUUGGAUGUUAAGAACAAAGAUUAUGGAGGGGAGCCAUUUAUUGAUGGCAAAGCUGUUCCCUAUGAUCCAAAGUACCAUGAAGAAUGGAUAAGGAAUAAUGCGAGGGCAAAUGAGAGAAAUAGGCGCAAUGAUAGGCCUCGUAACUUUGACAGGUCAAGAAACUAUGAAAGAAGAAGGGAAAACAUGCAGAACAGAGAUUUCCAGAACACAAGGGUAACUCCAAUGGAUAAUCAGGGCAUGCAGAACCCUCCCCCCAACAUGGCUGGAAUGCCACAGAACAGCAUGAGUGGACCCGGAGGACCACCCCUGCCGCCACCUAACAACUACAUGGGUGGGCCGCCCCCGCCUCCACCGAACAACUACAUGGGUGGGCCGCCCCUGCCUCCACCUAACAACUACACGGGUGGGCCGCCCCCGCCUCCACCUAACAACUACACGGGUGGGCCGCCCCCGCCGCCUCCUAACAGCUACAUGGGUGGGCCACCACCACCGCCUCCUAACAACUACAUGGGUGGGCCACCACCACCGCCUCCUAACAACUACAUGGGUGGGCCGCCACCACCACCGCCUCCUAAAAACUACGUGGGUGGGCCGCCGCCACCACCACCACCGCCUUCUAACAACUAUGUGGGUGGGCCGCAGAACAUGGGAGGAAUACCUCAGAACAACUUUGGAGCUUCGCCUCCCAACACGGGAGGAAUGCCCCAAAAUCCUGGAUGGUCUAAUAACAUGCCACAGAACUUCCAGAAUGGGCGCAAUGAUGGAGGCAUACAUCACCAAGGUACACCAUCAAACUACCAGAAUAACUACACUUCAAAUAGGGAUGGAAGCUUGCCUGGUGGAAACCCCUAUAGUGCCUGAACGAUCCCAGAAGACACUAGGCAUGCUGUGUAGAUAUGCAAUGAGGAAUUUGUUUUUGGCAAUCUUUCAGGCCAAUGGUCUUAAUAUGUCUCAGUUCUCGAAUGAUUUAUUGAUAUUUACUUAUCAUCAUGGUUUGCAUGGUGCUACUUGCGUUGGAUGUUAAAUCAAAUCUUGUUACAAUUUUCAGAAUAGAAUUUAAUCUGUAGUCUUUGUUGCAACUUGGCUGUGUUAUCAAUGUAGCUUUUAUGUAUA